AUGACCGACCUAACGGCAGUGCUGCGGGCGGCGAUGUUGGGCGAGGCGCAGGGUCCAUCUCGAGCCGAUCGAUUUCGACCCGAUCCGAGUCGGUUUCGAUGUACGCCGACGAUGCGAUGCGGCCCGAUGUUUUCGCAUGGCGCCGCUGUGCGUCCUGGCGCAGCCGAUGCGAUUCGAUGUCGAUGUCAUGUCGACGCAGCCCAAUCCGAUGUUCAUGUCGAGUCGAUCCGAUUUACCGAUUUGAUGCUAUCCUUGCGAGGCGGCGUCCGCUGCCUGAUCUGCUUAGAGCAUCAGCAAGCUGGGGCGGCGGACCACGACGCUGGACUGCCGUGCGGGCACCCGGUGUGCGCCGAGUGCGCCUUCGAGUACGUGAGGAGCCUCGUCGGCCAGGGCAGGGUCGCCAGCAGGGACCUGUGCUGCCCAGACCCCUCGUGCCGCGGGCCGCUGCCGGAGGCGUUCGUCUCGCGCUUGUUGGGCGCAUCGCCUGAGGGCGAGAGGUUGCUGCAGCGGCUGCUGGAGUUCCAGGCACGCCGAUUCGAGCCGGCGCCCGAGGACGGGGAGGUGCUGGUCGCGUGCCCUUCGGCAGGUUGCGGUAAGGUGUUGAUCCCAGAGGAGCUCGUGGCUCGGAAGGAGGAGGUCACUUGCUUGCUCUGUGUGCGCUCGUUCUGCGCCGCGUGCUGCCAACCAGCGCACCGGGGCAUCAGCUGCGAGGCCGCCGAGCUGGAGAGGAUGGACCCUCGGCUCAGAGAGCUCAUCGCGAGGGCAGCACGUUUUUCUGCUACCUGUGCGGCGAGCAGCUGA